AUGGACGCAACACCGGCUGCCAACGGGAGGGAUGCUGGCGAGGAGGAUGAGGAGGGGAGCGUCGGGAAGGUGUCCUUCACGGGGCUGUUCCGGCACGCCGACGGCAAGGACCUGCUGCUGAUGCUGGUCGGCACGGUGGCCGCGCUGGCCAACGGCGUCUCGCAGCCGCUCAUGACGGUCAUCUUCGGCGACGUCGUGGACGCCUUCGGCGGCGCCACCGACGCCAACGUGCUCCACCGCGUCAACAAAGCUGUUUUGAACUUUGUCUACUUGGGAAUCGGAGCAGCGGUCAUCUCCUUUCUCCAGGUGUCAUGUUGGACAAUUACUGGCGAAAGGCAGGCGGCACGAAUUCGAUCUCUCUACCUCAAAUCUGUUUUGAGACAGGAUAUCUCAUUCUUUGACAUGCAAAUGACAACCGGGAAAAUAGUUUCAACAAUGGCCGGCGAUACUGUGCUAGUUCAAGAUGCUAUUGGUGAAAAGGUUGGCAAGUUCCAACAACUUGUGGCUACUUUCAUUGGUGGUUUCACUAUAGGUUUUAUGAAAGGAUGGCUUCUAUGUGUUGUCAUGUUGGCAUGCAUACCUCCAGUUGUACUUGCUGCAGGAAUAGCGACAAAAAUGAUGACCAAAAUAACAAGCAGAAGUCAAGCAUCAUACAGUAAUGCAGGGAAUAUUGUCGAACAAACAAUUGGUGCCAUAAAAACAGUUGUUUCUUUCAAUGGGGAGAAGCACGCCAUAGAAGCGUACAGUAAACUAAUACACACAUCAUAUGAGAAUGUUGUUGAGGAAGGACUUACCAAUGGUUUUGGAAUGGGUUCUGUUUUCUUUGCACUCUUCUCUAGCUAUGGCCUAGCCAUAUGGUAUGGUGGGAAGUUGGUACUUACAAAAGGAUACACAGGAGGACAAGUCCUCACUGUCCUAUUAGCAAUCAUGACUGGGGCAGCAUCUUUAGGUAAUGCAGCCCCGUGUAUGACUGCCUUUGCAGAAGGACAAUCAGCAGCACACAGAAUGUUCAGAAUAAUCAAGAGGAAACCAGAUAUUGAUCAUGAUGACAAUACUGGUAAACAACUAGAAGAAAUGAGGGGUGAUAUUGAGUUGAAGGAUGUGUACUUUAGCUACCCAUCAAGGCCAGGGAAACUAAUAUUUGAUGGAUUCUCACUACAUGUGCCUACUGGCACUACAAUGGCUAUAGUUGGGGAGAGUGGGAGUGGCAAGUCAACAGUGGUUAGUCUUGUAGAGAGAUUCUAUGAUCCGCAGGCUGGUGAGGUUUUGAUUGACGGGAUCAAUAUCAAGAGUUUGCACCUUGAUUCAAUAAGAGCGAAAAUUGGUCUUGUUAGCCAAGAGCCCUUGCUCUUUAUGACAUCAAUUAAAGAUAACAUAACAUAUGGCAAAGAAGAUGCAACAAUGGAUGAGAUUAAGAGAGCUGCUGAGAUUGCUAAUGCGGCAAAUUUUGUUGAUAAGUUGCCCAAUGGGUAUGACACAAUGGUUGGCCAACGUGGUGCUCAACUUUCAGGGGGACAAAAACAAAGGAUUGCGAUUGCUAGAGCAAUCAUUAAAAACCCCAAAAUACUCUUGUUAGAUGAGGCUACUAGUGCAUUAGAUGUGGAAGCAGAGAGAAUAGUUCAGGUGGCACUGGAUAGGAUCAUGGUUGAUAGAAGUACGCUUGUGGUUGCACAUCGUUUAAGUACCGUUAGGAAUGCUAAUUGCAUAUCAGUUAUUCAAGAAGGAAAGAUAGUUGAGCAAGGUACCCACGAUGAAUUAGUACUAAACUUAGAUGGUGCAUACUCUCAACUUAUUCUACUACAAGAAAGCCAUGAAGAACAAAGAAUAGAUCGUCGAUUGUCUACUCAAAGGUCUAAAAGUGCAAGCCUGUCAAUGAAGCGAUCGACUAGUGGUUCUCUAGGAAGCAGUAGCAGGCACUCUUUCACACUCCCCUUCGGACUACCUAGCGCAGUUGAAUCAUCUGGAGGAAAUGAUACACACAAGGAGAAUCAGAAAGAGUACAAUUGUGAUGGUGUGUUCCCAAAAAAAUCUCCCAUGGUACGACUAGCUCUUCUUAAUAAGCCAGAGGUACCAAUUCUUCUACUAGGAUCCUUAGCGGCAGCAAUUCAUGGAGUGCUUUUCCCAAUGUUUGGUUUAAUGCUUUCAAGUGCCAUUAAAGCUUUCUAUGAGCCACCGGAUAAACUAAAAAAGGAUACUAGUUUUUGGGGUCUCAUAUGUGUUGUCAUAGGUAUCAUAUCGAUAAUCGUAAUACCAGCAGAGUUCUUCUUGUUUGGAAUAGCUGGAGGAAAGCUUAUAGAGCGCAUCCGGGCUUUAUCAUUUCAAAGCAUUGUGCACCAAGAAGUUGCUUGGUUUGAUGAUCCGAGAAAUUCCAGCGGCGCACUUGGUGCAAGACUAUCAAUUGAUGCUCUGAAUGUUCGGCGUUUAGUGGGAGAUAACUUGUCCUUAAUUGUUCAGAUUAUCUCCACACUUGUCACGGGAGUUUUCAUUGCUAUGAUAGCUGAUUGGAAGCUUGCUUUGAUCCUAAUAUGUGUGAUUCCACUUGUGGGUCUACAAGGUUAUGCCCAUGUGAAGUUCAUAGGUGGAUUUAGUCAAGAUGCUAAGAUGAUGCAUGAAGAUGCGAGUCAAGUGGCCACAGAUGCAGUUAUUAGUAUAAGGACCGUCGCUUCGUUUUGUUCACAGAAAAGAAUUACAAGAAUAUAUGAUCAUAAGUGUGAAGACUCAAUGAAUCAAGGAUUCAAAACUGGAGUAGUUGGGGGUAUUGGAUUUGGUUUCUCGUACUUGAUGUUGUACCUUACGUAUGGUCUUUGUUUCUAUGUCGGAGGGCAAUUCGUGCGCCAUGGAAAAUCAAAUUUUGGUGACAUUUUUGAGGUUUUCUUUGCACUAGUUUUGGCAACUAUGGGAGUAUCUCAAACAAGUGCUAUGGUCUCCGAUUCAAAUAAAGCAAAGGAUUCAGCUAUGUCUAUAUUUGCUUUGCUGGACCUGAAGUCAAUAAUUGACUCGAGCAACAAUGAGGGUUUUACAUUAGAUGAGGUCAAGGGUGACAUUGAUUUCCGACAUGUCAGCUUCAACUACCCAACUCGCCCAGAUAUUUUCAUCUUCAACGACUUUACACUUCACAUUUCGACCGGCAAGAGUGUUGCACUUGUUGGAGAGAGUGGUAGUGGCAAGUCAACAGUAAUUGCACUAUUGGAGAGAUUCUAUGAUCCAGUUUCAGGCACCAUUUUAUUGGAUGGAGGGGGAAUCAACAAAUUAAACAUCAAAUGGUUGAGGGACCAAAUUGGACUGGUGAGCCAAGAGCCUGUGCUCUUCAAUGACACAAUCCGUGCCAACAUAGCCUAUGGCAAGAAUGGGGAAGUCACGGAGGAGGAGCUCAUUUCAGCAGCGAAGGCAUCCAAUGCGCAUGAGUUCAUAUCAAGCCUUCCUCAUGGAUAUGACACCUCUGUUGGAGAGAGAGGGAUACAACUAUCUGGUGGCCAAAAGCAGCGGGUGGCUAUUGCAAGGGCCAUACUAAAAGACCCUAAGAUACUACUACUCGAUGAGGCAACUAGCGCCUUGGAUGUUGAAUCUGAACGGAUUGUGCAUAUUGCCUUAAAUCAUGUUAUGGUUGGCAGAACAACAAUUAUUGUGGCGCACCGCCUAUCGACGAUCAAAGGCGUUGAUACCAUUACAGUUCUCCAUGAUGGUGUGAUAUUAGAGAAAGGAAGUCAUGUGUCCUUGAUGAACAUCAAAGAUGGAGUGUAUGCUUCAUUGGUUGAGCUCCAAUCGACGUCAUCAUAA